AUGUUUGCGUGGUAUCGGCAGUCUUCAGUAUGCUACGUUUACCUCUCUGACCUGGUGUUCCCUUGCACGCCGGUUGACACUGUCAUGCCCGACUCAGAUGAAGGCAGGCAAUGGGCCGAUGCAGCUUUUUCUAGACUCCAGGUUGAAAUGAGGGCCUGUCGAUGGUUUACGAGAGGCUGGACUCUUCAAGAACUGAUUGCACCCAGUCAAGUUGUAUUUCUGGACCAAAAUUGGAAUCUCAUCGGAUCAAGGGCUCCAGGAUCAGACCUGCGAUUCAUCAAGAUCCUAGAAAGGUUAACAGGCAUCCCGAGUUCAGUACUGGAAUACAAGGAAGAUAUCGCUACCAUCCCGGUUGCACAAAGAAUGUCCUGGGCAGCGCGCAGGGAAACGACCCGGGUUGAAGAUAUUGCAUAUUGUCUCUUAGGGAUUUUCGAUGUCAACAUGCCUCUUCUCUACGGAGAAGGUCCAAAGUCUUUUUUUCGGCUUCAGGAAGAAAUUGUAAAGAGCCACGACGAUCUCAGCCUCUUUGCUUGGAAACAAGACUCCGCAUCGUAUGGUAUCGGUGUACUUCGAGGAUGCUUUGCAAAUUCACCUGCUGAGUUUGCUCACUGGCUGAAUGUCGAAAUCAGGGUCAACAAUUUCGAGUCUGGCAUGGAAGUCACCAGCAAAGAUGUUCACAUGCAAGGACGAGUCCUCAGACAGGAAGAGUACCCGCAUGGCAUUGGCCAUGGCGUCGAUUAUAUUUUCGACCUGGGUGUCCAGCACCCUGAUAAUAAGGAGUGCUCUCUGGGAAUCCUUCUGACGAGCUCGAGCCGGAAUGUUACUUACUUUAGAUUCAAGCCAUAUGAACUGAUCAAGGUACCUUCAAUCAAAGACUUGUUUGACGCAGAGGAUACCUACCACGACUUUGAACCUGAUGAUGAUAUCUGGGAGGAGAGAGAAGAGGCUGAGCGAAGAAGUAUCUCCAUCAAGAAAUAUGUUUCGAUUCAGGAAACUCGCGACAUAGGUCAUUAUCAAAAGCCUGUUUUCAAGAUCAACUGGCAUGAAGACGUCUUGAAGGUUCUCAAAUCGGUCAAUGGGCAGAACACCAAAGAAUAUAUACCCUCAUUUGAAUGUCGCCAGGAUUCUGCGUCCCACAAAGAUGGAACACUUACAUGGGUGACGGAUUUUGAGCUACAAAUUGGCCCUCAACACAUCGUCUCCCUUGUUCUCGUGACUGGACUACAAUGGGGACCCCAUGACUGCCGCUACCCUGCUUUUUUUGAACGGGCAAACCUGCGCUGUCAAGAGUUUUGGGCAGUUCUGCUCGGCGAAGGACGGUCCUACGUUAUAAGUGACAAAGAGCAAUCUGAUAACCAGCCUCCGACAAUCAAGAUACGAAGCGAAACGAAUGAGGACAAUUCUUCUUUGGUGCGGCAGAUCAAGCGGAUGGAUCACCGCAAGAGAGGAAUAUUUGUCCGCGAAAACUUGUCAAGACGCUAUGGUGAUGAAGCUGGAUACAUAUAUAACUUGUAUCAGCCUAGGCUCGUAAGGGUUCUUUCACCUCAUAACCGGGCGUUGCCAAGGUGUGAUGUGUGGAUAGAAACUAAGCCUCUGUGGUUCACUGAUUAUGGGGAACUUGAAAUCAAGAUCGGGCCAUGCCAUAGAUCGUGA